CCCGCCUGCCCUUGCGCCCAAACAUCGAAUACAUCCGCAUCAGUAGCACCAGCACUCCCCCUCCACGCCAGCCGCACGCAAACUUGACUUCCCCUAAACUUUUGGCCUGUCAACCCGUCAACCAUGGCAGAUUUCGAGACUGUUGCUAAGCAGUUUGUCGAGUUCUACUACAAAACCUUCGAUGAGAACCGUGCGAACCUCGCCGCCCUCUACCGCGACAACUCGAUGCUUACGUUCGAGGCCCAGCCCACCCUCGGCACCGCCGCCAUCGUAGAGAAACUUCAGAACCUCCCCUUCCAGCAGGUGCAACACCGCGCUGACACGGUCGAUUCGCAGCCUUCAGCAGAUGACGGCAUCAUGGUCAUGGUGACUGGUGCUCUGAUGGUCGACGGGCAAGACCGGCCAAUGAGCUACACCCAGACAUUCCAGCUCAAACGUGAUGGUGGGAGCUGGUACGUUUUCAACGACCUCUUCAGACUAGUUUACCCUGCGGCUUGAUUCUUCUAUUCGUUGUCUGGGUCAUACGGUGUGGGAAGGGAGUGAUAAACGCGGGGGACUGAGGGGGAACGGAAUAACUCUGAAUGAGAGUGUUCAUAGGGCCAAAUACCCAUUUGGACUCUUGGAAGUCCCCCUUUAAAGAAGUCAUUUGGAGUCAUUUGAAUUGUGUCUGUGCCGGUAGACCGGUUGAAUAUAUCCCCAUUUUCAAAUUAUCGACACAAG